AGAAGUGAAAUAUUAGCCGUUCUGUGUUGGAUGUAUGGAAUUUAAAAACAACUCCGUAAUAUUUAACGUCUUCAUUAACAUUACAGAUAUGGAAAAGGUGGCGUAACGUUUUGACUUGAAAUAUGAAGUAGAACGAUGAUGCUCCAAAGGCCGUGCCUGCGACCACUCGGAUGCUCUCGGAUCACGGCGGCUCCCUUUUCAAUGCAACAUAAAAAGGCUGUAAAAUCAUGAACGACUCGGACCAGGACUUUGUCGAUCUCUGUUCCAAGACGCUGAAGCGUUUUCGCAAGAAAGUAGUCGAGCCUAAACAACAAAAGAGAGCUGCGGACAAGAAGCCCUCAAGUCAGCCCAGCGAUGGAGACAAGAAAGGGAAGCAAAAGGAGGAUGAUGCCUCUCAUCGUGUUGCAACUGGGUCGCCGUGUUUGGAUGUGGAUGAUUCAGGAGACGCUGUAGCAGCGUCAGGACAAAAGACUGACAACCUUGCGUGGAGGCGUGUAGAGAUAGUGCUCAAGAGGAUGCAGCACUUCAAGAGAGCAAGUCCACCCAGGAUGGCUCACAAGAGUCCGCCUAUAGGGAUGGAUCCUGAACCUCCACAAACAGGUGUACCACAAUCCUCCGUCUCUGACAACCAACUGAGGUCCCUGGAUAGUGAUGAGGUUUUGGCAAUGCGACUGCAGCAGGAGCUUGAUCGCGAGGCAGCAGAGGCCCACAAUCUGGACCUAGAGGAUGGGGGCCUCUUCUUCUGUCAGAUCUGUCACAAAGACAUGUCUCAUAUGACACCCGAAGGACGCACACAGCACAUCAACAGGUGUUUGGACGACACCGAACACCAAAUAGCUGCUCCCCAUCCUCCUCUUCCUCGUGGUGUCCCCGACUGUCCAAUCUGUGGCAAGAAGUUUAAGUCACAGAGGAGUCGCUCCACCCACUUGAAGCGCUGCUCGUCAGACAUGGGAGUCAGUCCUGCUGACCUGCUGCAGGCUGUACAGAGGCAGGCUGAGGAGACACAAAGUGCAGCUGCUACCAACGUGAUCUCACAGACUGGAGGCGCAAAAAGGAAAGGCACAACUACUUCAGGACUACCAGCGAGGAAGAAGCCCAGGAAAAAAAACGACCCCCUGGAUGAGGACACAAUGGUGGCCCUGGCUCUAUCUUCAUCCCUGUUGGAACAGCAGAAAGCGCAUCCCAGUGCAUCAAACACAGAGACAGCUUCUCAUUCGACCAAGACUGCUGUCUUAAAGUGGAGAUCAGAUGGAGGUAAGGGGCGUGGGAAGAGGAAAAAGGACACAGUACCUCGGCCGCCUCCUAUCCUCCUCAUCCAGGAUGCUGAUGCUGCUCUAAUGAGGCUGCAGGAACGUGUUUCUGCUCUUCUCCUACGCACUCGAGCCCCUUCUCCACCUACUCCUACCCGCUGUGCCAGCAAAUUGUCCGUCUUGAACGGCGCUGCCCCGCUAUGGGAAAAGAGUGCACUAUUAAAUGGAGACGCCACCGGUGUCUGGGACUUCUUCGUGCCAGAGCUUAAAGACUUCUUCACACCCUGGAAAUCAGCCCAGACUGUCUCAGCUUCGUCCCACACCAACGACAAGCCAAGUUCUUCUCUUCAACCUUUGAGUGAAGGAACUACCAUCACCAAGGAUCAAACUCUGUUAUCCGCCCAUACAACCGCCUGCCCCCCAGUUCCCUCCGCUCCAACCGCUGGGCAGCUUCCAGCGAGCAGCCAGGCCCUGAGAGACCUGGUGGAGCUGGCUGAUGAUGUCACAGCUCUAUCUUAUUGCGACCACACUGGUCCUGGCGAUGACCAGCUGUCAACAAACCUCCAACUCAGUGGCUUCAUUCUAGAUGAGAGAGUGGACUUCUGUGUGAGCGGCUUCUUACCUGAAACAGUACACCCUUCCUCAAAGGAAAAGUCAUUAUGUUCUCCAGGUGUAGCUGAGGAGGGCAGGAGCCAGCUAUCAUCGGGGGCACUAUCCACAUUGGUAUCCAACCUAAGCAGCAUGGUUAACAACCCUCAGCUUAGUGACUUACAACUCCAGGUGGAUACUGGAGAAGUUUUUUUUGCCCAUUCCUUCAUGGUGUACGCACGCUGCCCCCUCCUGGCACAAAUGUUGCAUUUAAGUGGAUUCGGGGUGAAAGAGGAGGGAAUGCCUGCAGCUCAGAGGGUGUUGAUCAGUGAUAUACCUGCACAGGCCGUGUUGGUUCUGCUGCAGUACCUCUACACCGCCCAGGUGUCACUUUCAUCGUCAUUGCAGCCACAUGUGCUGGAGUUGGCAUCCAGGUUCGAUCUACAAGAGCUGCAGCAGCUCUGUGAGAGCUACACUCAGGAAACAUCAGCUGAGUAUGAUGAUGGCGACUUCACCAACCACGGGGAGCCUCUCAGCAGCCGCACAGACAAGGACCUGACGGCGCUCUUCAACUCCAUGUGGAGUCAUGAGGAUGACGCGGACGACAGCGAAGGGGAUGACGAGAGUGCUGUCGAAAAGGCAAAAGGAGAGACUCACGAGGAGCGAGUGAAUCAGGAAGAGCUGGAUGAGAUUUAUGAGUUUGCUGCCACGCAAAGAAAGCGGGAGGAGGAGGAGAUGGAGAGCGUGGAUGACAGUGAGGGAGAUGAUGGCGGAGUGACGAGUAAAAGGACUCCUGAAGAAUCCAAUGAAAAAAAUCUUGAUCGUAGCUCAGGGAGCAGCUAUAGUCGCCUCUUCUCAGACACUUUCUGUUAUCCUUCACAGAAGAAAAAUCUUUCUUCUUCUAAAUCAUCUGCCAAAACUUUGCUUCAGUCCUCAGCAAGUGUGGGCAGUGACCUUUCCCCCAGUACCUCCUCUUUGCCUGUGCCAGGUGUGUCUCCUGAUCAGGAGGUCAGCUGCGUCAAGGAAACAACUGCUGUUCAACAUGAUUCCCCUUAUAAAUCAGCACUCAAAGAAGAACCAGAGCUGAUCGUUUUGUCGGACUCAGACAACAGCCGGCUUAGCUUCACUCAGUUAAGACCUGAAGAGUCCACAGGGGAGAAGAAACAAUCCAGCAGUUUGGAGUUAAGUCCGAAUGAGCCUUCUCCUAACCAGGCCGUUGAAAAUGGAGAGCAGAUGAAUGCAGAUUGUUCUCCGGAGCUUUCCUGGCUCAUCCCGCCAACCCCAGUCUGCAGCAGUCCCACAAGGACAAAGACAGGCAGGGACUGUUCUACCCAGACCAAGAACAGCAUGCGUAGGACUCAGCUGUUCCCCAAAGACGACUGUUCUGUCACGUCAGCAUUCAACAACAGCGCAAAGGCACCUGAUGGCAUUUUGACUGCCAUGUUGGAGGAAGUGGACUCUCCAGUUUUUGCGAAACCACAACUCUCAACUUCAUCUCACCGUCACGUGUCCUCAAAGCAUGAGACGUCACUCCAACGCCACACCGAGCCUUACAGCAGCACCCCUCUGCACACCUGGCCACCGUGUCAAGGAAGUCCCAGGUCGCCCUUUGAGAGCCCCGAGAAGACGGAAAUUGGGAGCUUGCAUUUCUCCCCCUUCUGCGUCGCUCCUCACACGAGUCCUCAGAGACACAGUCCAAGUCCCGCUAAACUGGCGAGGAGUAGAGUAACAAGUGAGAAAGAAAAGCUGGAGCCAGAGUUUGGUAGGAGAAGCACAGAUGAAGGAGAAGCAAGACAGUCAAGUUUUGAGCAGCACUUCAUGGCCAUGGACGAGCCACCGAUGGCUUUCAACGACUCGUGGGGCUUCCACGCUUGUGAUGACGCAGCGAGGAACUCUGGCUUCUUCAGCCUGAGGCUGGAGGACAGCGGAGGAGCCGACCAAGGAGAACACCGGGAAGAAAAGGAAAGACGUGACAACGAGUCAGCCCCGUCCACCAGUAGCCACCUUCCACCCAUAAGUACAAAUCUUCCCACUUUGUCGCCAUCUCCAACUGAUCCUAACACAGAUAGCCUCCUGGCCGCUAACGUAUGGGACAGCUGGGGGGAGGAAGAAGAGGAGAUUCUUCCUCUUUCUCAAAGGCUGAACCCUUCUGCUCAGCUCAAAACUCCCAAAUCUUCUGGUAAUAAAAGGCGUCGCAAUCUGGUGCCCAUCACUCCAAUGCCUCACUACUCGGAUCUGGACACACCUGAGCUGAAGAACAAACUCAACAGCUUUGGUGUCCGUGCUUUACCUAAGAGGCAGAUGAUCGUCAAGCUGAAGGAGAUUCACCGGUACACCCACCAGCUGCUCGGCUCUGAUGAUGAAGACGAAGCACUGAGCAAGCGUCCUCCCUCCAAGUCGUCUGUCUCUUCCAACUUCAAGGAGCCCGGAGUGCCUGUUGCCGUGGCUCCUGGGAGACGCCAUCAAGGGGACGAGGCGGACGCAGAGCUGCUGUCCAACUCUCAGGGCUCCAAUGCCUCUUCAACUACUGCAAGUGAAGAAUCCGAGCGGUCCAACCCAGAGCUGUGUCUUUCCUCGGGUGGCGACUCGGACGACGACAUCUCAGCCUCCCAGGCGGUCACACGCCUCCGAGAUCGCCUGCAGGCCGUGCGGUCUUUCAUCCUGUCCGACUCGGACCUGUACGGUCAGAUCCUUCAGUACCAGCCUCUGGUCCUGUCUCAGCUCCAGCAGCGCCUGAAAGCAGCUGGCAUCCGCUUAGGCGCCGCCAAGCUGGUGGACUAUCUGGACUCCCAGUGCAUCACUUUCACCACGGCUAAACCAGGACAGCCCGCACGUUCUCGCAGGCGAGUCAGGAAGGCUGGCAAGAAAGGGAAAGGAGGCGCUGGAGUCCGAACUUCAAAAUAACCAGGGAAAAUAGGGUCCUUGUUUGGUCUUGACUGAGUUUCCUGAUUGUGUUUCAAUUCAGACUUGGCAAGAAUGAAGACAUUUGCAGUUGCACUCAAUUGAUCAAUAUUAAUUUAGGAGUGCAAACUACCAUAUUUUUCGGAGUAUAAGUCGCACUGGAGGUAUAAGUCGCACCGGCCGAAAAUGCAUAAUAAAGAAGGAAAAAAACAUGUCGCAUUUUUUGGGGAAAUGUAUUUGAUAAAAGCCAACACCAAGAAUAGACAUUUGAAAGACAAUUUAAAAUAAAUAAAGAAUAGUGAACAACAGGCUGAAUAAGUGUACGUUAUAUGAGGCAUAAAUAACCAACUGAGAACGUGCCUGGUAUGUUAACGUAACAUAUUAUGGUAAGAGUCAUUCAAAUAACUAUAACAUAUAGAACAUGCUAUACGUUUACCAAACAAUCUGUCACUCCUAAUCGCUAAAUCCCAUAAAAUCUUAUACGUCUAGUCUCUUACGUGAAUGAGCUAAAUAAUAUUAUUUGAUAUUUUACGGUAAUGUGUUAAUAAUUUCACACAUAAGUCGCUCCUGAGUAUAAGUCGCACCCCCGGCCAAACUAUGAAAAAAAACUGCGACUUAUAGUCCGAAAAAUACGGUAUUUGCUUCAAAAGUAUGAACAGAGUUCUGAAAAAACAUUUUAUUAUUGUUCUUCAGUAGAUUCCGGUCCAAAGGAUGAGCCAGAGUAGGUACAGCAGAACACUUGAAGAAGGAGGGAAGCUCUCAAACAAUUUCAAUCAACUGUUUCCUUCAAGUAGAGAGGAGCAUUGUGCAGCAAAAUAUCAUCUGGGCCGUUUUUGUGCGCUCAGUAUUGCCUGAAGCAGCGUAGUAACGCUCCAGGCAUCAGGUCAAGUUCCAAAAGGCGUAAAAGUCUUCACACCAAGCUUCCUGGAUCCAUGACCUGCCUCUCUUCCUGAGCCUUGUGGUUCCUCGGCUGGUGGAGCGUCAACACUUUGCUUCUCAAAGCAGUCAUGACAGGCCUGCAAUGUUUGCAAGGAAGCGCUGAGCCCACCACUCCUCCAAGUCCAUAGGGACAAAGUCUGUGUGAAGACAACAGAGUGGUGAUGUCAUGCUCCUUUGCUGUGCAGAUGGUACACAUCUAAACACUCACUGCUCAACAUUCAUUUCUGACUAAACAGCCACAUAAGCAACAAAAAAAGAAAUCAUAUGUUUACUUUUGAAGAAGAUUGUCAGCACGCCACAGGCUGUUCAGAUACAAAACAAAUGUUCAUGGGCCUCUUCUAGAAAACUGCAUGGAAUUCUGACAGUCUCAGUAUUUCAGAAAGCCGUGUACACACAAAAAGAUACAUAAAGUCUGGCCUAUGCACACCUUCACUCAAUGUGGAAGGGAAGUGUGCAUCAUGUCAUCCCCUCUUUACGCCAUAGAAGGUCAAAGUGACUAAAUGCAACAUUUCAUCAAGACAUUAAACUGCAUGCGUUUCUCACUCUUUCCGGUCUCUCCUUCUCAGACACUUAAAACAAGCGCACCUUCUUACAUACGUCACGUGAGCAACGCUCCCGCGGAGCAGACAGGUAGCGACAUGGUAACAUUAGCUGUGAUGCUAACAGCUAACGGUGUGGUUUGAAUGGCAAUACGAGAGAAAGAAGGUGCGAAUCUGGUAACAAAUGAAGGAAUAAUUAAUUCCCAAGAAAAACAGCACGGGGUCCAUCGUCUGGCGGUGGUUUUGCUUCAAGCGAGAAUAUGUCUUUACAUGUCAACAUCUCCGUUCGGUGCCACACCAACUAAAUGCCGAAGCAACUAUUUCCACAUCAACACCGUAGGACAUAUACUAUUUGAUAUGCAGCUCAUUUUUAUGUGACACUUAUUGAAAUAUCUUGUGUGACAUCAUGCACAAAAGUGCACUUAUAGCUUGUUUUAAAAUGUCUGACAAUCUUGCACUUUCUGUUUGGAAAUGACAUGAAUGUUUGUGCCACUGCUUAAUAACUGUUUAAU